UAUAUAUAAGUGAUAUAAGUUGCUCCUUUUGAUCAUACUGUCUGAAUAAGUUACACACAGUAAGUGUGUGAGGAAAAUUAAAUGGAGAAAGCAAUGGUGAAAGUUGGAAGCAUAAAAGCAAAAGCAGGAAGCUUCUGGAUUUCAAAGAAAGCUAAACAAGAACUUUCCAACAUUUCUGAUGACCUUACUACUUUCUCAAGUACGGUUGAAGAGAAGGCAAAAUGGAUUUUUAACAAGCUCAAAGGAAAGCCCGUGAAAUCCUUGCCUGAACUCCUCCGUGAGUACAAUUUACCACCGGGUGUUUUCCCCAACAACAUAAUGUCUUAUGAAUUUGAUGAAACCAAGGCAAAACUAGUAGUGUACUUGCCCUCUUCCUGUGAGGUGACCUUCAAGGACUCAUCUGUCAUUAGGUACGCCACUCGGGUCAAAGGCAUUUUGAUGAAGGGAAAGCUCACUGGCAUCGAAGGAAUGAAAACGAAGGUAUUGGUUUGGGUCAAAGUCACAAAUGUGGCAGUUGAAGGGUAUAGGUCCGAUAAGGUGUGGUUUACUGCAGGAGUAAAAAAAUCAAGGCCUAGAGAUGCUUAUGAAAUAACUCGUGAUGCCAUUCGCAUUAGUGAAUUUUGAAGUCAAGAUGCAUAUAAUGAAGGUGACCUCAAUAUAGAUGUUUUUUGGUGUAGUACUGUAUUAGUGGAUUAUGUUUUAUUGCUUGACCUGGCAUACGAGCAUGCAAAUGUUAUGGAUUAGUGACACCGAAAACAUCAUAUUUAUGCAUAUUGUAUUUGCUUUUCUCU